AUGUCUGCCCCCACGAGAAAGCUUGGAAAGCUCUCUAUAGGAAGUAUGGCUGGCGGUCAACCACAACGUCAAACACGGCAGACGGCCUCCCCGUACGAAGCACGGACUCAGCAUGAGAGUGACACAGAGGCAGAAUCAUCGAGCAGCGAUGAAGAAGCCCAGGGCCCUGCUCAGACAACAGUCGUCCGUGGAUCUACCAAUUUCCCAUUCGACAUUGGUGGCUUGUCUCAGGCUGCCAGGUCCCGAGCCGUCCAUGGCCUAAGAGGCGAAUUUGUUAUGGACAAGUGCCGGUCCACUAGAGCAGGCUUUGAAUUCGACGUAGCAGACCGUGGCCGUAUUCGGUUAUCUGAUGGGUCACUUGUCUGCUCUUGCAGGGACUUCCAGCAAACAGAACUUGCAUGUCGCCAUAUAUAUUGGCUUGUUGACCAGCUGCAUGGAAGCUUCAGUGCUCGAGCCCCUCCCCACCCUGGGCGCUUGCAAGAGACUGGUCAAACACAGUUCUUCGCUCGUGUAGCUGAAAAACUGGAAAGCAGUAUCGAAGAAAUAGCAAAAAGCCGCGACUGGCCUUAUCUUCCUGGAUCAAUGUCUCCUCCAGAUAUAAGUGAUGAUGAAUUGGAGCUCAUGAGCCGCCCUGAGAAGGCCCGUGACAUUCUCUCUGCCUUCAGCGAGGCAACUUUGCCAAAUGAGUUCCGUCUGGAUCUUGUGGAGACCAUUAACCAGUCUAGGACCCCUGAACAGUGUGUCGUUCAAGGUGACUUUGAGGCUACCAUGUUUCGCCUCGCAGUCCACGACGAGAAGGUAUACUCUGGCCUUCGCAAAGUUAUGCCAUCUGGUGCACGCGCAGAUAUAUUUUUCGAAAAGGUGGCAGAAAGACUCCGUGCUCUCUUUGUUGAAUUCGAUCGAUACCGCCAGACCGGUGUUGUACGCCGGAACGCUGCCCUCGAAAUCCCUGUGCUUGUUGUACAGAUAAACGCUAGGCUUAAACAGAUCCAGGAUAAUAUCCGAGCCCGUCACCCCCACGGUGCAAUCUCCGCUGCUGAAGCUCUGAUGCAUUUAUUCCGUGAAGUGGUCGCGCGUAAUAACGAUGCUUUUGAAAACAGCGACUGGGGCCGCCGAGCCCCUGCCGGGGAGACAGAUGAUGAUCGCAAUCUGUACAAGCAACUCAUCGACCAAACCGGCCACGCGGAGACGUUCUUCAUUCUUGACUGUUUGGAGACCUUGCCGGAUCAUAUUCUGCGUGAAUUGGCCCCCGAGCUAGGUUCACUUGCCAGCAUGAUCCACGUGAAUGGUGCUUCAAUCCCUUAUCAGACCAAGCUGCAGGCGCUGAGAACUGCGGAUCGCUCCGGCGGUAGAAAGAGACCGGCAACGGGCACCGCGGCAAUCGGUGGCAAGAGAACCAGGUAG